AUGUUUCCAUUCUUCGUGCUGUUGCUGGUGGCCGCAUCCUCCCACAGGGUGCGAGAGGAUGCUGAGGCGACGUUGGUGGCAUCGCCUUCCGACCAGUCCUACAAGGAGAAUGCUUCAUCACAAGCCCUCCCGCAGAAGGGAGAGAAGUGCUACUGUUAUGAUGUAGCGUGGAACAAACAGUCGAACUGCUGCGAGGAAGGCUUGGUGUGUGAUAAAGAAUCCUGGACUUGCAAGACCGCCUUAGGCUCCAAAUGGUCUGGCAGACGGAAUGUGCCGGUGCUGACACCUACGGUGGACGAAAGCUCAUGUGCAGCAAACCGAACCCACAUGGUGAGUCAUUCUGCUGCAUUAAGUCCGGCUACUAUGCCUACUAUGAACUCGACGGCCACCACCCUCAUGAGGAAUGCUGCAGCCAACGCUGGCAGAAGCGUGUUCACGGUAACAUCUACAACGGGUAUCGUGACUAUGCUUUCUGCCUCUGAGCAGACAGGCCCAUCGAAGCCCCAUCGAAGCCUAGCGACGCGCAUUCGCAAGGAGAUGUCGAAGCGUGGCGUGGGUCACGCUGGCCCCGUCGAAAUCUCCAUCGGCAGGAACGAGACCACGCUGCUGGUUCAGGCGCUGGCCUCCUGGGGGCAAGCGGCCCUGGACCAGGUUAUGGACAGCUCAGAGGAGCUUCAGUCCUUGGCGUCCCCAGGGGCUGCUGAUGCAGCCCUAGCUGCGCUGGCCACAGAGUUCGGGCGUUUGGCACGCCAGGUUAUGGAGCACUCGCGGACAAUUUGGGGCCUCAAGCAGCUAACGCUGGAGUUGGCAGAGGUCUAUCCCAACAUCCAGAGCCAGCUGCCGGUGUAUCGCUUCCAGACACGGUUCUACGGCAGGCAUUUCGAUGUGCUCGAGCGCCUGCUGGAUGGUUUGGAGAAGCAGAAAGGUCAUCCUGAUGCGGAGAUUCGCAUGGCCGAGUUGGGUGUCGCAUGCGGGCCGAUGGGCCUCCAUUUGCUCGCGCGCUUCCCACAGCUGCGCUACUUCGGCGCCGAUCCUACCAUUAAGGAGGAGGUGCGCGAGGCCUACGCGCCCUAUGCCGCGCGAGCAGAUCUCCACGCCACCACAAGCGAAGAGAUGCACGCUGCGCUGCUGGAUGAAGAGCCGAUGGACAUCGUCUUCAUCGAUGGUCCUCACACCUAUGCGAACGUGCGGAACGAUCUCCACCUGUGGGAGAAGCGUGUGAAGAAGGGCGGAAUCAUCGCCGGCCAUGACUUCACUGUCAGGCAUCCGCCUUUGCUUUGGGCGGUAUCUGAAUACAGAAUGACCAAC